CGCAGCGCUCUAAAAAUAACGUUCGGGUGGUUUAGUUUCGUGCUAUCGCAGCAACACAUAGUUCACAAAAACUAACAUCGUUUUUUGUUUAAAAUUUUAAUAAAAUGAGUGCUGACGCAGCGUCCUUACCGUGUCCAAUAUGUUUACAUACUGGUGUUUUCAAUUCCGCACAAGCAUUAAAAGACAGAUUGAUUUACGUCUCCACCAACAAUAUAGUGUGUCCAAUAUGUCAAGAGUCGCUGUCGGGACUGGAUAAAUUAACCAUACAUCUCUUCAGUCACGUUUCGUUUUUAUCAUCACAUGGAUCGUUGGAAAAAAGUGAAAAGACGGAAACAAAAUCUGAAGUAAAACAGGGAAGUCAAAUACCUCCUACCACGCUAAAGAAAACAAGAACGGCGCCGUCUAAAAAUAAAGUAUCGGCAUCUACGGCGCCAGUUAAGUUUGUUAAAAUAUAUCCAAAAUUACCAGUGAUAGCUUUGAAUACCGUUCCUAUUAUAGAUAUACAGGGUGGUGUGGACGGAUGUGUUCAGAGUAAUAACCCGGUGUACAUACCAACUGUGAAAGCUGAAACGGCUACUGUGAAUACCGACCAUAAAUGUAAUGUAUGUGGCUUAUGCUUCCUUGAUUCCAACAUAUUAAAAAUGCACAAAUGUUUAUUACACAAUUUGGAUGACAAAUCUGAUAACAACUUUUCAAGCUACGAUUGUCAUUUAUGUCCUAAAACUUUUAAAAUGAGAGGUUCACUAAUGGUACACUUAAGAGUUGCCCACUAUGGCUUUCCUUCUCAAUCUGCCACAACAAAAAAAUUAAAGGAAAAAAGUGGAAAAGGUGAAAUAGAAAGUAAACCUACUACACUAGAUAGGAGUGAUGCGAAACAAUGGCAGUGCGAUGUUUGCCGUAAAAGCUUUACAACAAAAUACUUUUUAAAGAAGCACAAACGACUUCAUACAGGGGAAACACCGUACGCGUGUACACAAUGUAACAAAACUUUUACCUUCCAACAAUCUUACCACAAACAUCUCCUUUAUCACAAUGAUGAAAAACCUCAUGUAUGUAAUUAUUGCAAUCGAGCUUUCAAAGAAUUAUCGACUCUCCAUAACCAUCAACGUAUACAUACUGGAGAAAAGCCGUUUUCCUGUGAAACAUGUGGAAAAUGCUUUCGACAACGCGUUUCAUAUUUAGUGCAUCGCAGAAUACACACAGGCGCCAUGCCUUAUAAAUGUACAGCUUGCAAAAAAAGUUUUCGAUAUAAAGUAUCCCAAAGAACACAUAAGUGUCAAGCACAACCGCCUGGUACUGUCGUUCGGCAGUCUGGUGAUCUGGUAGAAAAACUUAAAAAAAAGUAUAAAAACGAGCCAACGCCUAACACCAAUGAAGGAAAUUGCAGUAACUUAAAUUACACAGAAAUAUCUGAAGCUAAUGCGGAAUUGGUUCGCACUGGAGCAAAACUAUCUUUGGAAGAUAUUGAAUCCGAUGGUUUCUCAAUAAUAGCAGAAGCUUUUACCAAAAGCAAUGAAGACCAUGACGUAAUGUCAGAUCCCGGUUACUCUACACAUCGUGAUGAUAAUAACGCCACGGAAUACAAACACUACGAAAUAUUUGGAGAUGAUCUUGAGGAUUUGAUAGAUUCUGUGCCAAUUAAUGACAAAAAUAUCCCCUCACCAUCAGAAAUAUUAAAAAACUUAUGUUUGACUAAUGACGAUGACUAUAUAUAAUGAAAAUAAAAACGUUUUGUAGAUCGAA